GGCGGUAGCAGCGUGCCCCACACCGCCCGCCCCCGGAGCGGAGGAAUACUGUAGUCCCGGGAGGACUUGAGCCAGGAGAAGCGGGCGAGUGCGGCAGAGGGGCGGGCGCUGGCGUCGGGGCGGCCGGUGCGAGCCGCCUGCAGGAGCCGCGCUGCCCCGCCGGGCUAUGCCCGCGCCUCAGGGCCGGCCCCAGAGCUCCUGAGCGGGCGGGAUGGAGCCGCGGCGGCGGGGCUGCAGCCUGGCCGCUGGCUGCUUGGUGGUGGUGCUGCUGGGGUGCUGGGGGCCGCAGGAGGCGGCGGCGGCGGCUUGCCAUGGAUGUACAUCUUUAUCCAAAUGUGAUUGCAGUGGAGUAAAAGGUGAAAAGGGUGAAAGAGGAUUCCCAGGCUUGGAAGGACAGCCAGGUUUGCCUGGAUUUCCAGGACCAGAAGGACCACCUGGUCCAAGAGGCUCAAAGGGUGAUGAUGGUCUUCCAGGGCCUAUUGGACCCAAAGGAAUCAGAGGACCGCCAGGGCUUCCCGGCUUUCCAGGAACACCAGGACUUCCUGGAUUGCCAGGACAAGAUGGGCCACCAGGACCUCAGGGUAUCCCAGGGUGCAAUGGAACAAAGGGAGAGCGUGGAUUCCCAGGCAGUCCAGGUUUUCCUGGUUUACAAGGGCCUCCUGGACCCCCUGGGCUGCCAGGUAUGAAGGGUGAAGCAGGUGAAAUAAUUACAUCCUUGCUGCCAGGACAGAAAGGUGACCCAGGAUUUCCAGGUCUUCCAGGGAUACCUGGCCCCCCUGGCUCCAUGGGAAUACCAGGUCCAGUUGGCCCUCCAGGGCCCCCAGGUUUGACGGGACCUCCUGGUCCACCAGGGCUGCCAGGACCCAAGGGUAAUAUGGGUUUGAAUUUCCAAGGACCCAAAGGUGAAAAAGGUGAACAAGGUCUUCAGGGACCUCCAGGGCCACCAGGACAAAUUGGAGAACAGAAAAGACCCAAUGACAUUGAAUUUCAGAAAGGAGAUCAGGGUAUUCCAGGUGAUCCAGGCCCACCAGGAUUUCCUGGGCCUCCAGGCCCUCCUGGUCUUCCCGGUGGUGUGAAAGGUGAAAAAGGUGAGCAAGGAGAACCAGGCAAAAGAGGAAAGCCUGGCAAAGAUGGAGAACCUGGUCAGCCUGGUAGGGAUGGUUUACCUGGUGGGCCUGGAAUAAAUGGUGCUCCAGGAAGAGAUGGUGAAAAGGGUGAAAAAGGUGACAUGGGUCCCCCUGGUCCUCCUGGAAUUGUUGUUCCAAGACCAGGCAUUGAUGCAACAGUGGGACCAAAAGGUAGCAAAGGAUUGCCAGGACUUCCAGGAGCCAAAGGGGACCGUGGAUUCUCUGGUAGGCCAGGCCCACCUGGCUUGCCAGGAUCUCCAGGGAUCACUACUGUUGGACCUCCUGGCCCACCUGGCUUACCUGGUGAGAGAGGACAGAAGGGGGAUCCAGGUUUACCUGGGGUUUCUAUUCCUGGGCAACCAGGAGUUGAGGGACCACGAGGACCGCCAGGACCACCAGGUCCCCCAGGGCCACCUGCACCAUCUGUUGCUCCUGGUGAAGGGUUAUGUGAGCAAGGACCACCAGGUCCUCCAGGAAUUCCAGGACAACAAGGUUUUACAGGGGAGCGAGGCCAAAAAGGUGACCGAGGAGACACAUGCUUCAACUGCAUAGGAACUGGAGUAACUGGUCCUCCUGGGGAGAGGGGACCACCAGGACCUCCUGGUAGUCCAGGUUCUCCUGGUUUUCCUGGACCAAAAGGUGAAAAGGGGCUUCCUGGAUUAACUGGCCUUGUAGGGCCACCAGGCUUCCCAGGCACCCCAGGUGCUCCUGGCAGACCUGGUCCUAAAGGUGACCCAGGGGAUGUCCUGACUUCUCCAAGAUUGAAAGGUGACAAAGGAGACCCUGGCUUCCCAGGACCUCCAGGUCUCCCUGGCAUAGAUGGCACUCCUGGACGAGAUGGACUGCCAGGUUUGCCUGGCCCUAAGGGGGAACCUGGCAGUGUUGCAUUCAAAGGAGAAAUGGGUAUUCCAGGUGACCCAGGGAUACCAGGUCUUCCUGGUGAAAAAGGGCUCCCUGGACCUCCUGGUUUUGGUCCACAAGGCUCACCUGGUGAAAAGGGCAUCCAAGGUGUAUCUGGCCGUCCAGGGCCUCCUGGUGUCCCGGGUCCAAAAGGUGACCCUGGCCAAACUAUUACAGAACCAGGAGUUCCAGGUCCCCCUGGUCCUCCAGGAAGAAUUGGUGAUCCAGGUCUUCCAGGAGAUCCUGGUCAGCCAGGUCAGCGUGGUUUACCUGGCAUCCCAGGUGCAAAGGGAGAGCCAGGUAUUCCUGGCAUUGGACUUCCAGGUCCACCAGGCCCAAAGGGUUUCCCAGGGACUCCAGGCCUGCCCGGAGCUCCAGGAACUCCAGGUCGCCCUGGGCUGGAUGGACCUCCUGGACCACCUGGUUUCCCAGGAGAGAAGGGAGAGCGUGGAUUUGGAGUUCCAGGACCACCUGGGCCCCCAGGACCCCCAGGCAUAAAAGGAGUUCAAGGACCUAAAGGUGAUCCUGGUUUCCCAGGAAACCCUGGUCUACCAGGCCGGGCAGGAUUUGAUGGAACCCCAGGGCCCAAAGGUGACCCUGGACCAAGUGGACCACCAGGACUUCCAGGCCCACCAGGCAUCCCUGGCAUUGGUGGCCAAGGUCCUCCUGGAUCUCCAGGACCUCCAGGUCCUGUUGGCCCCCCAGGGCUGCAAGGCAUUCCAGGGGAGAAAGGGGAUCCAGGUCCUCCAGGCUUCGACAUUCCAGGUCCUCCAGGUGACCAAGGAGCUCCAGGAUAUCCAGGACCCCCUGGACUACCAGGGCCUCAGGGUUCACCUGGGCCCCCUGGCAGGGAUGGAAUACCUGGAUUUCCAGGUGCCAAAGGUGAGAUGGGUGUCAUGGGAGCUCCUGGUCCUCCAGGGCCUCCAGGAACUCCUGGAAGAAAUGGUCUGCCUGGCUUGAAAGGUAAUAGUGGAUUACCUGGUCCACCAGGACCUCCUGGACCAGUGGGGCAGAAAGGCAUCAAAGGUGAAGCAGGUCUGCCAGGUCCACCAGGAACACUUGAUCCCAAACAGCUGGGAGCAAAAGGAGAAAAAGGCGAGCCGGGUGUUCCAGGUGUUCCUGGUUUAUCAGGCCAGAAAGGUUAUCAAGGUCUCCCAGGUGACCCAGGCCCACCAGGACUUAGUGGCCCACCAGGUGUGCCAGGAUUGCCAGGCAUCAAGGGAGACAUGGGGCUUCCUGGGCAGCCAGGACCAACAGGACCUCCAGGAUUAAAAGGAGCUAUGGGAGAGAUGGGCCUUCCAGGUCCCCCUGGGCUUAAAGGCAACCAAGGACUGGCAGGACGUCCAGGGCAGCCUGGGCCUGCAGGAUUUCCUGGACUGAAAGGGGAGAAAGGUGACCCUGGUCUUUCAGGCAUUGGUAUUCCUGGUCCCCCUGGACCAAAGGGAGAUCUUGGCUUGCCUGGAUACCCAGGUAGUCCAGGUGCAAAAGGUAUAGCUGGAAAUCCUGGUUUGCCUGGAUUUCCAGGCAGUCCAGGUGCAAAAGGAGAACCAGGCCUUCCUGGAUUCCCAGGAACACCAGGAAUUCCAGGACCAAAAGGUAUUGAGGGCCCUCCAGGUAAUCCUGGCCUGCCUGGACCACCUGGGCCAGUAGGUGAUAUUGGUCGUCCUGGCCCUCCUGGUCCUUCAGGGGAAAAGGGACAGCCUGGUCGUGAUGGUAUCCCUGGACCAGCGGGUCAGAAGGGUGAACCAGGUCUGCCAGGUUUUGGGCGUCCAGGACCCCCUGGACUCCCAGGAUUGUCAGGGCAAAAAGGAGAAUUGGGAUUACCUGGUCCACCGGGACCCCCUGGACUUCAAGGCCCGAAGGGAGAACCAGGUUUCCAGGGAUUCCCUGGUCUGCAGGGUCCACCAGGUCUACCAGGAAUACCAGGGCCACCUCUGGAAGGUCCUAAAGGUAGCCCUGGCCCACCAGGUGUUCCAGGAAGGCCAGGUCCACCAGGCCCAGAAGGUCCACGAGGGCCACCAGGCAGUGGAGGACUUAAAGGGGAAAAAGGGAACCCAGGUCCACCUGGUCCACCUGGCCUGACUGGUCCAAAGGGAGAUCAAGGACCACCUGGACGCCAGGGGGAUCCUGGGCGUCCAGGUCUGAAUGGAAUGAAGGGUGACCCUGGGGUUCCAGGCGUUCCAGGAUUCCCAGGUAUGAAGGGUCCCACUGGACCUGCAGGACCCGCUGGCCUCAUGGGCAGCCAGGGAGUGCCAGGCCCACCAGGUCCGCCAGGUUUACCAGGUACCAUUGGACGAAGCAUUGUUGUCAAAGGUGAUCCUGGUUCCCCAGGUCCUCCAGGACAGCCUGGCUCCAAAGGGCCACCUGGAAUGCCAGGGCCACAGGGAUUGCCAGGUCCAAUUGGUCUUCCUGGUGACCCAGGGAGAGAUGGACUUCCUGGUUUUGAUGGUCCAGCAGGACGAAAAGGAGAGAGAGGUCUUCCAGGCCAACCAGGGUCACGAGGAGUACAAGGACCUCCUGGUCCUGACGGUUUACAAGGCCCACCUGGUCUUCCUGGAACAGCUUCUGUUGCUCAUGGAUUCCUUAUAACUCGGCACAGCCAGACCAGGGAUACACCACUAUGUCCACAGGGAACAGCAAGAAUAUAUGAUGGAUUCUCUCUUCUAUAUGUGCAAGGAAAUGAGAGAGCACAUGGCCAGGAUUUGGGUACUGCUGGGAGCUGUCUUAGACGUUUCAGCACCAUGCCCUUCAUGUUCUGCAACAUCAACAAUGUUUGUAACUUUGCAUCAAGGAAUGACUACUCCUACUGGCUGUCAACCCCCGAGUCGAUGCCGAUGAGCAUGGAGCCACUGACUGGGCCAAGCAUCCAGCCCUUCAUCAGCCGGUGUGUUGUGUGUGAAGCUCCUGCUAUGGUGAUAGCUGUCCACAGCCAGACCAUUCAGAUCCCUUCAUGUCCUCCAGGCUGGGACUCCCUCUGGAUUGGUUACUCUUUCAUGAUGCACACGAGUGCUGGAGCAGAGGGCUCUGGGCAGGCCUUGGCCUCUCCUGGCUCCUGUUUGGAAGAGUUCCGCUCAGCGCCGUUCAUCGAAUGCCAUGGCCGGGGCACCUGCAAUUACUAUGCCAAUUCCUACAGCUUCUGGCUGGCAACUGUAGAGGUGUCAGAAAUGUUCAGCAAACCUCAGUCUGAGACACUGAAAGCUGGAGACUUGAGGACGCGGAUUAGUCGUUGUCAAGUUUGCAUGAAGAAGACGUAACAUCUUGGAGAAUGUUUUAUAAAACAGUUGAAAAUUCCUAAGAUGCACUGUCUUCCAGCUGCAACAAUGGUGCUACUGUGCAGAAAGAAAAGAAAAAGCAAAUCCAAACUGUUUUUACCAUGCAAAUUCAAGUGUACCUCACUCAUGUGCCAAACUAAGGGUUGUUCAGUAUGUAUUUGACAACAGGACUAAGAUGAAAGAAUUGACCUCUUGGAAACAGAAAAGAACACUUGAGGUUCACCAAGAAUCAGAAGAUGAAUUUUUUCAUUUCUCUCCCUGUACCAAAAUGGCACCUUUUUGAUCAGCCAAGAGAAUUGAGAAGAACACGACGCACUGAGUAUGUUUAAAAUAACAAGACUGCAGUUUUGAAAAACAUUUUUCAUGGUGCUACUAACCCUACUGUAUUUUUAAUAUGAAAUUUUAAGCUUAUUUCUCUUUGUAAGUAAUGAAAUGUGUAUAUUGUGUAAACACCUUUUUAAUCUAAACUUUCAGUCAUCUAGAAACAAACCAGACUGAUAUAAAAAUCCUUAUGUCUAAAAUUAAAAGAUAAGACAGUAUUUUAUUAUGAAACUUGUGGUACAGAGAGAAUUUACCCCUCUUAUGCCAAUUUAUUCAUUUAAUUUUUCAUUUCCUUCUCAGUUGCCAACCUGAUAUAUUUGGGGAAUUGCACAAUUACUCUGAAGUAAUUUUGAUCAGGGUUUUAAAUGUUGUACACCAUACUAGCAGUGGUUUUAUUUGUGCUUAGAAAACCCAAUCCACUUGAAAAGGAGUUUUUUAUCUUGUGAAAAUAUGUGAAAUUAUUAGCCAUAUUCUAUAUCCUUCUUUUAAGAAUACAAGUCACAUUUACAUUUUAGUAAUCAGUUUGGUUUAACCAAACCUGUCCUUUGGGAAUAUCCAGUUACCAAAGCAUUUAGGGUGAUGCUUACAUGAAACUUCACCUCUGAAGUGGUGUCAUAUGUUUUAUCCAGAAUAGUAUACACACUAAGAAACCUUCUGAAUAAAAUAAAGCAUAAGCUGGUGGAAACCUUCCUAUUUACAAAUUUAUCUUUUAAUCUUAUGUGAAUUUAUACACAUCCACAAUGUAUUCACAGUAUACAGCAACUCCUGUGUAUGUAUAGUUCACAUAAGGCCUUGAAAGAUGGUGCAUGCAGUCUUUCUGAUGUCAGUUUGUAAGAAUCCUCCUAUGUAUGUCUAAAGAGUGUCACUACUUGUGCAAUAGCUGAAAAGUGAUCACUUUUGUAUGCAUGACUGUUCAGCUUCUAUGGUCAGAGCGUUUCAUUUACCCUCGUGUAUAAACAGCUUCCUGACAAUGCAGGACUCUGUCAAGUGACAAUACCUUCAUAUUUUCAUUGUAUAUUGCCACCUCGACUAUCAAUACAACCUAACUUGUGAAUUAACAUUCUGCUCUCUACAGGUGAUGUGUAUUUGUUUAUUGAAUACUGUUAAGUAAUUUAUCUGCUAAUGGCUGUUCUUACCUUCCAGUUGUCCCUGUAAACAUGGAGCAUCCAACAUCUCCUUGUUUUACACAUUUGACAAAAGACAUAGGACUGGUGACUGAGCAGGUGGCAGUGAUAUACAAUGAGAUUGGUGCUGAUUUCUAAAGCUUUCAACUGAGUAUGAAACUGAAGUUCUUUAGUUUAAAGUGCAAAAUAAUACUAGCUUUGUCUUUUUUCCAUUAGCUGCAGUUAUAUCUGUUGGUAGAGAGUGGGAAUUCAGCAAUGUGUAUCUUUCAGCUCAGUUUAGUUUGGUUUGCUGAUGCACGUAGUAAUAAACUGAACCUGCUGCUACCUCCAAGUCAGGAACUUGUUACCAAAGCUGAAAUAAAAUAGUCUCUUCAUGUAAACACAAGCCCUUAUCUUGCUGCUGGCUCUGCAGAAGUCUAAAAUGAACAUAGCAGCCAAUCCUUAUUCCUAAAACAACAGAAAAGUGGAUGCUAAGGCCAAGGAGCUCUCAAAGGAAAGGGCUCUCCCAGCCCUCCCUACCAACACCCCAUCUUGUGUUUACCAACACAAAGUGUUUAAAUGCGGGGACAUGGAAUAGAGUGGACCAUGUUUAGUAAACCAGUGUAUAACUGGUAGCUUCUUUGUAAGAUCUGGGCUUCUCUUGCAGCAGGUAAAACCAAGACAGGACAUCCUAAGGGUACAGAGCACCCAGACCUGCUGGUCUUGUGGCAGCUUCAGGGCCCAGAGCUGUGAGAUGACCAGAGAAAAGGGAAGUAUGUAAAGCAGCUGUGCUUGUGACAGCUCUGUUUUCUCUUCUGUUCCUGCAGCUCUGACCUUGACCUGGACAGGAGUCCUGAACCUUAAUGAGCUUCAGGCACAGAAUUCCAAAGGGGUGACCUAAGUAAGUGGUCUAGACAUGAAGGAACAUCUUUUAUUUUGAGAUCUGCAGCAGAGAUUCAAGAGAUGUUGGGUUAAUUCUCACCACACCUUCUGUGCCUUAGAGCAGGUAAAUCACUUGACCUGUGUUGGAUCGGAGUUACUGAUCUAUAAAAGAGAACAAGGUUAUUAUUCUCUUCUGCUUCUUGAUGCUUAGACUGUAAGCUCCUUGGGGCAGAGACAUUGAGGGGGCUCAAAUGUUGGUUGGGGCCUCUAGGUGCUAUCCAUCACUAUAUAAACAUUAAACUACAGGUAAAAG